AUGACUAUGAGAAAUAAUACAAAUUCAUUGGAUACUACAUAUGAUAUGCCGAACAAAUUAUAUUCAUCAAAUUCAAGAUCUGAUUGUGAUAAUUUAUCAAUAAUGAAAACAACAAAGUCAAUACCAGUUGAUAAAGAAGAACGAUCAAAACGACGAUAUACAAUAACACAUAUAGCUAUGCCAGACCCUAUUGUACGUUGUUCAGUGAGUAAUCAAGCAUAUGAUAAAGCAUUUAUACAAAAACCAUUAAUAUCUCCAAAUGUUUCUUCAACAUAUAAAGAAACCAAUUCAACAUGUUUUCAUUCUCCAUUAUCAAAAAAUAUUCAAACUAAACAAAUGGAUUUUCGUCCAUUAAUUACAAAUGGACGUCGACGAUUUACAACAAUACCUUCAGGUUCACCAAUGAUGAUUGUUAAAAAAAAAUCUCCAUCACCUAUGAAUAAUAUUUCUUUUGACCAGAAACAAUUGCGUCGCUCGAUUCCUGUCGAUAUUACUAGUAGUAAUAAACCAAUAGCUGUUAGUACUGUGAUAACAUCAUCAUUAUCUUCUUCGUCGUCUUCUUCUUCGUCUUCAUCUACUACUUCGGCAAAUGUGGGUACUGUUACUGUACCAAUUCAAGUGAUAAAAACUCAAAAUAAUAAUAAUAUUAAUAAUAAUAAUAAAAAUAAUUCUAUUUUCACUACGAAUACAAGAAACGAAAAUCCGAAAGGUUAUCGUUACAUUUCAAAACAAUUACAACAAGUUAAGCCAUUAAAAAUCAUAAAAGCAGAAAAUAAAUUUCCAUUAUCAUUUAUUCUAACGAGUGAUGAUAAUGGAUCUACAAGAAUGCCUUCUUCAUCAUCAAGUGGUGGAGAUGGCCAUAAUCAUAAUUCAACUAUAAUGACGGAUUCCAAUGUACUUCGUUUAAUUCGUCGUUAUGAUCCACUAGGUGCAAAUAUUAUUGGUAUACAAAAUCGUCGAUCACUUGAACAUAAUCGACAUGAAUUUCAAGAUGCUACUCCAAAAUCAAAAUUAUCAUUACCAUCAAAUCUUUCUUCAUCUUCAUGCACAUAUUUAUCACAAUUAACAUCAAAUUCAUCACAUAAUGAUAAUUCUUCAGUAAAACAAUCAUUAACACCUCGACUUCAACAUCAACAAGCAGUUGAUGAACAAGAAUCACCACCACUACGAUCAUCAUCACCACAAUCAUCAAAUAAAUCUAAUCCAUCAAUUCGACCAAUUCUUAAAUAUAUACCACCACCAACAUUACAUACUGAAAUCAAUGUUCCAUCUAAAAAAACUGAACCAUUAACUAUUGAAAUUGAACCACAUGAUCCGCCGACAUCAUCAAUUCUAUCAAAUGAAAAUACAAUUACUUAUCAACCAUUAAUCACAACUGGUACAAAAAGAGUUUGUUCAGCAAUAAGUAAAUCAGAAUGGGACUUACGUUUACAAUCGGAUGCUGCUCCUUCUUCGUCGAUUAUACCACCGCCAUCAACAACACCUACAUUUCCUGUUCGAUCUCCUUCACCACAUUCAAUGAUUAAUCAACAACAGGAAAAUCAAUCUUAUGGAAUAUUAUCUGAUCGAAAUAAAAAUUCAAUAGAAACCAAGAAUGAUAAUAAUAUUGAUGAUUUUCAUGAAAAUUCUUCAUCAAUUACAACUGGUUCAUGUGUUGAAAAACUUAAACAAUUAUUUAAUACAAAAUCAUCAUCACUUGAUUUAAUAAAUUCACCUAUAAAUAAACAACAUAAAAUUAAUUCAAUUGAAUCAAAUCUUAAUCAACAUUUAACUAUACAUGGAACAAGUACAAAUAAAUCAGAUUCAUUAUCAUCUUCACUUGUUCAAAAAAUUUCGAAUUCAAAUUCAAUUGAAUCACAAAUAAAUAAAAUACCAAGUGAUGAUUUAAUUAAAUCAACAACAAUUAAUCAAGAAGAUGUACAGACAUCUUCACCAUUAUUGAAAAGACCUAUACUUAAAAGUCAAAAAGCUUUUGAUAGUAGUGAAAUACUCAAUUAUUCAAAUAAUAAUAGUAUAAUGCCAUCAUCUGAAGUUUCAUAUGAUGCUUAUCGUUUUCGUCGUUUAAAUGAUCAUGAUCAAAUGACAAAAACACGUUUAAGAAAUGUAGCCAAAGUUGAACCGUAUUCAAUAAAUACAAAUAUGGUUCGUCCACUUUAUCAAUCAAUAUCUUCACAACCAACAACAACAACCGUACCAUCAAAAUCACGUAAUAUGGUAAAUAGUAUGGGAAAUACUCCAACUAAUUCAUCAACGUCUUCAUCAGCUGCUUCUCUUAGUGGUACAAUUCGUCAUCCUAAUGUUCGCCAUUCAGAUUUUCUUGUACCGAAUCCUGCAUAUUCAACACCACCACCACCACAACAGCCAAUGCCACCACCUCCUCCUCCUCCUUCACAUACAUCUCAACCUUUAUCAACUUCUUCUUACGCAACACCUGCAUCAUCAUCAAUGUUAUUGUCAGAAUCACUUUCUCACGUUUCACAACGUCGAUUACCCAAUACGAGUAAUACUCCAUUAUAUACUACUGGACGUUCUACUAGUUUGGCUUCAUCAGCCAAUAAUUCUCAACAAAAAUAUCGAUCACCUACACAAGCAGAUUUUUAUUCUGGAAAGCAAAUAUAUUCUCCUUCAACAUAUCAUAAUGGUCAUGGUACAACAGUCAAUAAUAAUAAUAAUAAUAAUAAGUAUGAAAAAUUCGAUAAUUAUACCUCGCCACUUAAUUCAUACCAUUAUCGACCAAGAGAAUAUACUUCAUCAACAACACCUAUUAAUACAUCGUCAAAUAGUGGUCAACAACAAUCUCAAGGAUUAAUGUGUACAAAAUUGAUCGAUCAAUCACACCAUGAACGAUCCAAUAAUGGACAACAACAACAACAACAGCAAAGUCGUCGUCGUUUUCAAAGGCGUAAACAAAUGAAACGUUCGAAAAGUGCUGAUUUAUAUCAAGAAUCUCCAUCAAAAACUCAAAAUAAUAACAAUAAUAAUUCUUUUUUUCCAUCAACAAAUCAUAAUGAAUCUAGUAGAUAUCAUCGACAGCCACGAUCAACAAGUCGUGAUUUAAUAGGAGGAGGAGAUGGAAAUCUAUCAUCAUCAUCAUCAUCGACAUCGUCAUUGUCAAUAGCUAAUAUUGAACGUAUUAAUCGAGCUGCUUUACUUCGUUAUAAAUCAUUAGAUUCAAUGACAUUUAAUAAUCGAACAUCAAAUUUUAAUGGAAAAAAUAAUAAUAGAAAAGCAUUAUCAAAACCUAUGAAUGCCGAUUUUGAUAGUGAUGAUUCAGUUUGUGGAAUACCAAAACCUAGAAAGACAAAUGGACGGUGA